AGGCCCGAGUCUGCAGGCGGGUCCACUGAUCCCGGGUUCGAGGCCCCGGCUCAGUACUCGGGUGGGACAGCGCGGUCUGUACUCUUGGUCUCAGUCCUGCUCAGGACGCAGGCACCUCGGUUUUCAUUACGAGGUUGGUGAGAGAUCUCGGUGUCUCGGCACGCAGUAGGAACCUCCGUUGGCCUCGGUUUCCCCAUCUGUGAAAAAAGUGGGUCAUCCCAGAACCAACCUGAUUUAGGAGAUGGCUGAUGAGGAAAGCGCCUGGCAUACAGCUCUUGGGACCAUGGGCCUCAGGCCCUGAGGACAGGAGGCUCCUUGUGGCCAUGACGACAGGUGACUGCUGCCACCUCCCUGGCUCCCUAUGCGACUGCUCUGGCAGCCCUGCCUUCUCCAAGGUUGUGGAGGCCACAGGCCUUGGGCCACCCCAGUAUGUGGCACAGGUGACCUCAAGGGAUGGCCGGCUGCUUUCCACUGUCAUCCGGGCUUUGGACACACCGAGUGACUGUCCCUUCUGCCGAAUCUGCCAUGAGGGAGCGAAUGGGGAGAACUUGCUGUCCCCAUGUGGCUGCACUGGCACGCUAGGAGCUGUGCACAAGAGCUGCCUGGAGAAAUGGCUGUCUUCCUCCAAUACCAGCUACUGCGAGCUGUGUCACACGGAGUUUGCAGUUGAAAAGCGACCCCGACCUCUCACAGAGAGUUGGAACCCAGGGCCGUGCUCACCUUGGGCAAGUACUCCCCGAAUGAACUCCCCAACCAUUGUGCCAUGGCUGAAGGACCCGGGGCCUCGCACUGAGAAGCGGACGCUGUGCUGUGACAUGGUGUGUUUCGUGUUCAUCACGCCACUGGCCGCCAUCUCAGGCUGGCUGUGCCUUCGCGGGGCCCAGGACCACCUCCGUCUGCAUAGCCAGCUGGAGGCUGUGGGGCUCAUUGCCCUCACCAUCGCCCUCUUCACCAUCUAUGUGCUCUGGACACUGGACUGCCCCCUGCAGGUCUCUUUUCGAUACCAUUGCCAGCUGUACUCAGAAUGGAGGAAGACCAAUCAGAAAGUCCGUCUGAAGAUUCGGGAAGCAGAUGGCUCCGAGGACCCCCACCACUCCUUGCUGGCUACUGGACUCUUAAAAAAGGUGGCAGAGGAGACCCCUGUGUGAAGACCAGACUGGCAGAGCCCUGAGGUGGUGGAGAAACCAGAGGCAGAUGACAAUGCCUUGCUUCGGAAGGAUGGAAGCUGUCUGACCUUUCAUGCACAGCCACGAUGCUUCUCAGGCAAAGAGCCACAGCAAUCCCUGCUCUGUGCUCCUGGAUGAACAUACUUUGAAGGGUUUUAUUUUACACAUUAUUGUACAUGACAGGGACAGAUGGACAGACCUGAGCUUUGGAUGGAGCAGGCACCCUCAUCUCAUUCUGAGAUCGGUUUGACACUCCGUGGCUAGCAGCUUUGGCUGCUUGUGCUGAGGGUGCCCGUUGGGCUGGAAGGUUUCAGCAAGCUUCUAGCGCUACUCUGCACCUGGCCGGCUUGCUUUUCUGGCAUUCUUGACUUUAUAUAAAGUUGCACUGCAUUUCAAAAACCCACCCCUGAAUGAAUAAAAGGAGCCCUUGCUGGCUAA